UACGUCAUAGAGGCCAAUUGACGUCAAUGGCAGUAGUGGAUUGGUUUCCGGUGGAGCAGUGAACGCGUUGAGGAGAAGCGAGUAAUAUCACGCAAAACUCGCAGAUUUUUGCCCCUGAAUACAGAGACGGGUCAGAAUGGCUUCAAGCAGCGACGAGGAGAGGAGUCUGCGUGAGUGCGAGCUCUACGUGCAGAAGCACAACAUCCAGCAGCUGCUGAAAGACUGCAUAGUGCAGCUGUGCACAGUGCGUCCUGAGAGGCCCAUGACUUUCCUCCGAGAGCACUUCGAGAGACUUGAAAAGGAGGAGGCUAAGCAGUUGACGAACCAACAGAAGGCAAGCUCACGCUCAGACUCUCGUGAGGAUGAGGUUUCGCCUCCUAUGAACCCGGUGGUAAAGGGCCGUAGGAGAAGAGGGGCCAUCAGUGCUGAGGUCUACACCGAGGAGGACGCUGCCUCUUACGUGAGAAAGGUUAUUCCUAAAGACUACAAGACCAUGGCAGCACUUGCCAAAGCUAUUGAGAAGAAUGUGCUUUUCUCACAUUUGGAUGACAAUGAGAGAAGUGAUAUAUUUGAUGCCAUGUUUCCAGUCACGUACAUUGCUGGAGAGACUGUUAUUCUGCAGGGUGAUGAAGGUGACAACUUCUACGUAAUCGACAUGGGUGAAAUGGACGUUUACGUGAACAACGAGUGGGCAACCAGCAUCGGCGAAGGUGGCAGUUUCGGCGAGUUGGCGCUGAUCUAUGGUACUCCCCGAGCGGCCACCGUCCAAGCUAAGACCAACGUCAAACUGUGGGGCAUCGACAGAGACAGCUACAGGAGAAUACUGAUGGGAAGUACUCUGAGAAAGCGAAAGAUGUACGAGGAGUUCCUUAGUAAAGUAUCCAUUCUCGAGUCACUAGAUAAAUGGGAGCGUCUGACUGUGGCUGACGCUCUGGAGCCAGUACAGUUUGAGGACAGCCAGAAAAUUGUAGUCCAAGGAGAACCAGGCGAUGAGUUCUUCAUUAUACUGGAGGGAUGUGCCGCUGUACUGCAGAGGCGCUCUGAGAACGAGGAGUUUGUCGAAGUAGGUCGUUUGGGACCUUCAGACUACUUCGGUGAGAUCGCACUGUUAAUGAAUCGACCACGCGCUGCCACCGUGGUGGCCCGCGGCCCCCUGAAAUGCGUCAAGCUGGACCGGCCACGUUUCGAACGAGUUCUCGGGCCCUGCUCAGACAUCCUCAAACGCAACAUCCAGCAGUACAACAGCUUUGUCUCACUGUCUGUCUGAACACAAAGAAAACUCUUUAAUAGCACGGUUUUCCCGUCAUGCAUUUGGCUUCUUUUUCCUUUUCUUUUUUUUUCCUUUUCUUUUUUUUUUUUAACUCUUCAUUCAUCGCUCGCCGAUUAACAUUAUCUGCGCACGAACAAAAAAUAAACGGUGUACUUUCUCGCCAUCCACAGCAGACAAUCAGUAAAUCCACCGCCUUUCCCCGGCAUUGUUUUUUAAAUCGAACGAAGGGGUGAGAUUAUAUAUAUUUUUUAAAAGAGUAUAUUGGACUGUUUUUUUUUUUUUUCUUCUUUUCUUUGCUGUAGUAGUUUUCUAAGAAUAGAUGAGGAUAACCGAAUUAGGAGUUACUUGGUGAGAAUUUUUCCCUGACACAUUCAUCCAGAGGAACUGUGCGCAUGCUUUUUUUAAUGCUAAUACUCUGUCUUGCCCUUACUGAAGUUUCUUAAAGAUAUGCACAUGUAAUAUGUCCUUUAUAUUGUCCCUGAUGUGAAGGAAUCAAGAAAUAUCUAUCUAUCUAUCUAUCUAUCUAUCUAUAUAUAUAUAUAUAUAUAUAUAUAUAUAUAUAUAUAUAUAUAUAUAUAUAUAUAUAUAUAAUGGAACACCUCUAUCUAUAACGUCUCAUCAAUGCAGCAGCAACAACAACACAAAAUCAUGCAGCUCAAACGUUUUAGUUAACGCGGAAAAAGUGAUUCUAGCCAUCGCAGGGACGUUUUUGUCGCAUUUCUACUGGUGUGGUGCGGACAAAAUAACAUCCCACAUGUGGAGGCUCUCCUACAGGCCGAAAACACCGUAUGCAUGAGAGAGAGCAGAAGACAUCGUCCAGAAACAUCCAAAAUUAGUUUGGAGCUGCCAGGAAUUCGCUAGCAACUCAAACAAGAACUGAACAGAAAAGCAUUUUAUUUAUUUUUUGUUCAUUAUUAUUUUCCCACUGGAUCUGUUAUAUGUUGCGUGUAAAACUUCAAAAAAUAUAAUUUUCUGAAAUACA